UGAAUCUUUGCCUUGACCGGCCUCCAAAACCAUUCUAAAGCAUAUCGGUUCCGAAUUUCUCUUCCCGCAAAUGAAACUUUGACAGCAAACUGUUCGAUGAAAUUCCCCAAUGAGCUGCAGUUUGCAUCUGGCGCUUUCUUUCGCCAUUUCCAAACUCCUACCCUUGUUAAAUCUUCAUUUAUCAAACAAAAUUCCUUCAGCAGCUCUUCUCCUUCUUCAUCUUCUCCAGGUCCUUCGCCACCAUGCGAUCAAAAUCUUGUCUCAACGGCCAUCUCUAUCCUGAAGCACCACCGCUCAAAAUCCCGGUGGUCUUACCUCCGCUCUCUUCUUACCUCAAGCAACGAAGCCCUCACUCCAUCUCAGUUUACGCAAAUAGCCCUCCAACUCCGUAACAAUCCUCACCUUGCCCACAACUUCUUCCUCUUCACAGUCCGUCACUCGCUCUGUUGUCAUUCUCUCUUCUCCCACGCUACCAUUAUUCACAUCCUCUCUCGAUCACACCUCAAAGCACAAGCUCAAGAAUUAAUCCAAUCCGCCAUUCGUAAAUUCCCUGACCCCUCUCUAUCAAGCCCACCUCCAAUUUUCCAAACUUUGAUCAGAACUUAUAGGAUUUGUAACUCAGCUCCAUUUGUAUUUGAUUUAUUAGUCAAAGCCUGCAUAGAGUCUAAAAGAAUCGAGCAGGCCACUGAAAUAGUCAGAAUGUUAAGGUCCAAGAAGAUAUGUCCAAAUAUCAGCACUUGUAAUUCUUUAAUUGAGUUAGUUUCGAAAAGUAGGGGCUGUUUUGCUGGUUACGAUUUGUACAAGGAAAUUUUUUGUUCUAGUGAAAAAAAUGUGAAUGAAAAUGGUAAAAGGUUAAAAGUUUCCGGUCCCAACUCGAAUACGUUUAAUGUUCUUAUGGUUGGGUUUUUGAGAGAUGGCUUAGUGGAAAAGGUGGAGGAGAUAUGGAGGGAAAUGGCAGGAAUGAAUUGUGUGCCAAAUGCAUUUAGUUAUAGUGUGCUGAUGGCAGCAUAUUGCGAGAAUGGAAGAAUGAAGGAUGCUGAGAGGGUGUGGGAUGAAAUGGGGGUUGAGGGUCUUCAGCAUGAUAUUAUGGCAUAUAAUACUAUAAUUGGUGGGUUUUGUGAGAUUGGAGAGGUUGGCAGAGCAGAGGAGAAGUUUAGAGUAAUGUCUUUGGGUGGCUUCGAGAGUACUUGUGUUACAUUUGAGCAUCUUAUAAGCGGGUACUGUAAGAUUGGGGAUGCUGAUACAGCGAUCCUGUUGUACAAGGAUAUGUGUAGGAAGGGCUUUAGGCCUGAUGGUACAACAGUUGAUGCAAUGAUAAAGGCACUUUGUGAUAGUAGCAAGGUUUCUGAUGCCUUGGAGAUAAUGACAAUGGCAAUAAAGAAUCCUAAUAUCUUCCCUCAAAGGAAGAGCUUUGAGUAUCUAAUUAAGAGCUUGUGCCAGGUGGGGAGCAUGGAAGAAGCUCUGAAGCUUCAGGCAGAGAUGAUUGGCAAUGGUCAUGAACUAGAUGAAGAGAUCUAUGGUGCUUUCAUUGAUGGAUAUGCCAAACAAGGAAAUGAGGAGAUGGCACGAAGGUUGAGGGUAGAAAUGUUAACAAUUUUAAUCCCUACUCAGAAUGGCUAGAUGAAGAUUGUGCUUCCUAUUUGUUCGUUUGUAUUAUUUGCUGGAUUUGAAGUAACAUCAGAAUUCAAGCACAGGAACACACAUUUUGGUUGUGCACUGCAGUGAUGCACUGCAGUAAUGGAAACUUGCUGGAACUGUUUUGUCUGAAUAUACGGGCUGCAAUUUGGUAGAGGUGGCAUAAUGUCAAACCAAGAGACCUAUCAGAACCAUGGAUGUUGUACUUUGCCUACUAAAAGAUUCUGUCAAUUUGGACCAGCUAUACAAAUCAUAGAGAGGGAAGUAGCCAAAGAUUAAAAAGUGAAGAUGCUAGAGAGAAGAUCCAAGAUAAGAAGGCCA